AUGGGUGCAAAAGUUGCCGUUUGUCCCGACGACUCUUCUCUACCACGUGCUCAGACCAGUCAUGCCGCUGCGGAUGCACAGGAGAAGAGUCGGUUCGAACGCCUCCGGUCCUCAAUUGAUUUGUGGCGAAAAAACUUUUUUUUGGAAGCUGUAUUUUUGUCAAAUCUGCAAGGUAAAUGGGGUUUGGGCUUAAUGAAGUUAAAAAUUUUAACGUUGAGAUUAUUAACAAUAAGAAGAAGGUUAUAAUAAUUAAUAUAAAUAAAUAAUAACAAUAACUGAAAUUUAGGCCUAAUUCACAUUAUAAUAGGGAUUAAAAUUGAAAAAGAGUAAAUAAAAAACUCAAAGAUCUUAAAACUAGGUAUAAAAUAAGCCUAAACUUUCAAAAAUAACUAGAAAAACUCAAAAAUCACAAGCCUAAAGCCUAAUUUUUCGAAUUUUCAGUCGAUCCCGACGAAAAGCGGACCUAAACAAAGAGAAUCGCAAUGCCAACACGGGUGCCACGACACACAGCAAAAAGACGGGUAUCGUAAGUGCUUCUCAUUCAUCGACGAACAAAGCCCGAAAAGCACCGUCCAGCGAGACCUGUGUAGCGGACUCCUUCGACAAUGCUAUGUUGGACAAGCUGACGGCUAUUCCAUAUGCGGUGGAUCGAAAUGAAUGGUUGGCUACUCAUGGUAAGGUCUUUUUGGUAGUGUAAGAUUAGAAGGUGAGGGGGGGGGGGGGGAUAAAUUUGGUUUUUGUGGCACUUUGUACACAUUCUAUUGAUUUUUCGAAAUUAUUUGCAUUAUGUUAACUUGUUAUUGAUUUUUCAAUUUUUUGCAUUAUGCUAACUUGUUAUUGAUUUUUUAAAUUAUUGACAUUUCGUUAACUUGUUAUUGAUUUCUUGGCUUUUAUCACUAAAACCAUAACUUUAAAAAACAUUGUUUUAUUUUACAUAUCGUCAACAUAAUAUUAAUCUAAAAUCUUUUGCAGUAUUAGCCCUAUUCGAGCACGUCAACGCCCUAUGCGGUGCGGUAUCAGAACAAUGCACGCCCGGUAACUGCCCGAACAUGAACUAUCCCGGUUGUACGAAGGCUUCAUGGACCGACGAACGAGGGAAACGGCAUCAGUUCUCCGCGCCACGAUACAUUGACUGCGUAAUGUCGUAUUCGGAAGCCGUGAGGAACAAUGAAGCCAUAUAUCCAACGAAAUAUGGUAUGUUUAGUUUUUGUUACCUAAAAUGGAGGGAAAGGUGUCUUUUGUUACCUAUCUUGUUAAAAAUAGCUUUUUGUCACCUAAAAAUUAUAAAAUUUAAUUUUUGUUACCUAAAAUUAUAAAAAUGUGGUUUUGAUACAUAAAAAUACGAAAAAAUCAUGCUUUGUUACUUAAAAAUUACAAAAACUGGCUUUCUGUUACCUAAAAUUAUAAAAAACGUUAUUUUGUUACCUAAAAACCUCAAUAUUAAAAUUUUUAGCCUCUCCCUUCCCAGUGGACUUUGACCAACAUUGUCGCCGCAUCAUCAAACUAUUAUGGCACUGUUGUGGCCACCUCUACGCCCGCCAUUGGGACACAAUGCACGCCCUAAACCUACGGCCCCAAACCGCCUUAGUACUAGCUCAUAUGGCCUCAAUCGCCAAACUCUACAACCUGUUAGACCAAAAAGAAAUGACAUCUUUAACCAACACCCUCCACCUGGUACGACCACUUUGUUUACAAGCACCCCCAGCCAAAAAGUCGGGCGGGGUAGUGGAGAACUUCAGUCAGGACGACGGAUGGUCCCGGGUACCAACUUCGAAAAGCGGGUCUUGGGGCGGACAUUCGGCCGUCUCAACCAAUCCUGGAGUGGCACAGAGUCAGACGUGCUGA